AAUUACAAAUUAAACGGCUCCAAUUCCUUUCUCUCUGCCUCUGAACAAAUUUCAUUUUUCAUUUCUCUUACUUACACUACACAGAGACAGGGAUACGCAAUGAUAGGAUCUUUUAUUACCAGGGCACUUGUGAUGGUUUUUGGUUAUGCCUUCCCAGCCUAUGAAUGCUAUAAAGCAGUUGAAAAGAAUAGGCCAGAAAUUGAACAACUUCGCUUUUGGUGCCAGUACUGGAUUUUGGUAGCUGUUUUGUCAGUAUGUGAGCGGAUUGCUGAUGCUUUCAUAUCAUGGGUCCCAAUGUAUAGUGAAGCUAAGUUGGCAUUUGUCAUAUACUUGUGGUACCCAAAAACAAAGGGAACAACAUAUGUGUAUGAUUCCUUCUUUAGACCAUAUGUUGCAAAACAUGAGACAGAAAUUGAUCGCAACUUGUUGGAACUAAGGACAAGAGCAGGAGAUAUUGCAGUUUUGUAUUGGCAAAAAGCUGCUAGUUAUGGCCAGACUAGAAUAUUUGAAAUUUUGCAGUACGUUGCUGCACAAUCAACACCUUCACCACGCCCUGCUCAGCAACAACCAGCUGUGAGGGUGCGUCAACCCGCAUCUAGUAAUAGCCAACCAGCAGCUGCAACAGAACCACAAGCUGAGAAUCCAUCUUCUCCUACUUCUAGCUCAUCCAGUCAGCACCAGAAGGAAGUAGCAGAGAAGUUGGGUUCUUCACAGGUGCCUAAAGCACCCUACACUGUUGCAGGUUUAAGUAGCCAGAAGUCUAAUCCUAUACCUGCAGAGGAUGAGCCAAUGCAGAUUGAAGCAGCACCACCUUCAUCCUCUUCUGCAAAUGAAAAUGAGAAUCCUCCCUUGGAAGAUACAAUAAUGGAAGAAAGCAUUAGAGUUACGCGAGGUAGACUAAGAAAAAAUCGAUCAGCUGGAAUCCGUUAGACAUCAAUGUUUUCAAGUUUUAGCCUGGAAAACAUGGGUAGGUGGACAAUAGUGGGUGUGGAAUAGUAAAAUUGUGUAUAUUUUUGCCUAUGUUUCAUUCCAUUUAUUUUUUUUUUUUCAUAUGAAUAAUUGUUUUUUUUACAACACCUUAUCAAUCCCCUUAUUAAAUGAAAAUGUAUGAAAUGCUUAUUUUAUGCUUCUAAGAUA